AUGGAUGUGGAGGAAAUUGAAGUUGAGGCGUCUUUCUGGAAUUCAGUCGUGGUAUGUAUGGUUCUAGGUGCCAAUCCCCCAUUUGCAGUGUUUGAGGGCUUCAUUAAGAGAAUGUGGGGUAAGCUUGGUAUUGAGAGGAUUGCGAGAUUAAAUGCGGGGUAUACACUUGUUAAAUUCAGAGAUGAAGUUACCAGAGAUUUGGUGUUAGAAGCUGGUGUUAUUCAUUUUGAUAGGAAGCCAGUCAUUGUAAGACCGUGGACCACUGACUUAGCUCAUAUGAGGUUAGUAAAAUCUGUUCCUGUUUGGGUGAGAUUACUUGGUUUGGGGCUACAAUACUGGGGUACUAAAUGUUUGAGUGCAUUGGUGAGUACCCUUGGGAAACCAGUACUUGUAGAUAAGGUAACAAAAGAUCGAUCCAUGAUGCAAUUUGCUAGGGUGUUAGUGGAGAUUGAAAUAUCAAAUGAGAUUCCUAAGUCUAUUCAAAUUUUGAAUGAAAGAGGUCAAUUAAUGGAACAAUUUGUGGAGUUUGAAUGGUUGCCAACACAUUGGUUAGCUGCUGAGGCAAUAUCCAAGGACAAUCAGAAAGAGGUUUCUAAGGAGAGUACUGAUGUUCCUUUGAAAACAGGUUCUUCUGAUGUAGAUAUUGGUCAAGUGUCCAAAAAAUUUCAGGUAGAUGGGGGCAAGGAGAAAAGUGACAUUAAUGAAGCUCAAGAGGUGGACUGGAUCACUCCUAAAAAACUGGGUGCAUUUCUUGAGACCAAAUUACGUGGUGCUAAACUGGAGGAGAUGAUGGUUAGACAAUUUAAUGGAUGGAGCUUUUAUAAAGGGACUGCUAAUGAGGGUAGAAUAUUGAUGGUUUGGCAGUGUAGUGUUUUGUCAGUGGAAGUCUUGCAAGACAGUGACCAAUAUAUACAUGCUUAUGUUAAAGAGUUACGUUCGAGUAGGGAAUUCUGUGUGACAUUUGUGUAUGGUAGAAACACGAUUCAGGAGAGGAUUCAGUUAUGGCAGGACUUAUCUUGUCUGACGUUUCCAGUUACACCAUGGCUAGUGGCAGGGGACUUUAACUCAGUGUUUGAGAUUGAUGAUAGGCUAGGAGGUCGUACUGUUUCUGCAGCAGAAAUGGCAGAUGCUCAAAGGUGGAAAUCUAUGGGAUUGGUUGAUGAGCUUCGGUCUAUUGGUUCUCAUUACACUUGGACCAAUAACCAAGCUGAUGGGGCUCGAAUUUUCUCUAAAUUGGACCGUAUUUUUAAGAAUGAAGAGUGGAUGGAUCUAUUUCCUGAUUCGAUAGCUUUGAUAAAAUGGGAUAUAAUAUAUGAUCACUAUUUUUGUAUUGUUAAGGCAAAGUCAGCUGUGAAAUCUGGCUUUAAACCUUUCCGGUUCUUCAAUAUGUGGACAGAGCAUGAAGGUUUCAAAGAUGCAGCUAUGCAAAGUUGGAACAAGUCUAUAUCUGCUCAUGGGUUAGAAGGAAUUAUGAGGAAGCUGAGGAGACUAGCACAUGUCCUUCGACAGUUUAAUAAACGGGAGAUUGGUGAUGUUGAGCACAAGUUUGAGAUUGCCAAAGAGGCUUACAAUAAUGCUCAAUACCAGCUUCAGCAGGACCCUCAUUCAGUUGAGUUUCAAACUGAGGAACAGAAGUCUUUUGAAAACUUGGUUCAGCAAACCAGAUACUAUGAUAGUUAUCUUAGGCAGAGGAGCAAAAUUAAUGAGAAGUUUGAGGAUGUAGUGGCUCACUUCUUAAAUCAUUUUCGGAGUAUCAUGGGUAGUCAAAGUAAGGCUUCGGGUCCUAUUCAAAAGGAGUGUUUUAUUCAUGGUAGCCUCUUAUCCUUAGAUCAACAGCUAGAAUUAACAAAGCCUUUCACUAAGAAGGAUGUUAAAAAUGCUAUGUUCAGUAUUAGUUCAAUUAAGAGCCUGGGUCCAGAUGGAUAUGGUUCGGGUUUUUUCAAAGUAAUGUGGGAAGAGAUAGGAGAUGAUAUUUCAGAUGCUAUUUUGGGUUUCUUUCAUCAGGGAUCGCUGCCUAAAGGCCUCAAUAAUGCAACUCUUUCAUUGAUACCAAAGGACUCAUCUUACUCAAUAUUGAUGAAUGGUAGAGUCCAAGGUAACUUUCUUGGGAGGAAGGGUCUUAGACAAGGGGACCCGAUUUCUCCUUUUCUUUUUGUUCUUGUUAUGGAGUAUUUUACUAGGCUUCUCAUUCAAGCUACUCAGAACAAGGAUUUCAGAUAUCACCCUAGUUGUAAGAAACUGAAAUUGGUGAGCCUUUGUUUUGCUGAUGACUUGGUGCUGUUUUGUAAGGGAGCUGAUUCAUCUGUUCAGAUCAUUAAAGACUAUUUCAAGUCUUUUAGUCUUGCUUCUGGUUUAACAGCCAACCUAGAUAAGUCUCGAGUUUAUUUUGGGGGUAUGGCAGAGAAAGAGACCAAGAUUAUUCUGGAGUGUCUUCACUAUACUAAAGGUACCUUCCCUUUAAAAUAUCUUGGAAUUCCUCUUAGACCUACAAAGUGGAAAGCAGGGGGUUGUGCUACAAUAAUAAAGAAGAUCCACAUGAAGCUUCAUCAUUGGUCCAGUCGGCAUUUGUCCUUUGCUGGGAGAGCUCAACUCAUCCAUUAUGUUUUAUUGGGGAUUAGAGCAUUUUGGAUGAGUAUUUUCCUUCUCCCAAAGAGUGUUGUUAAUGAGAUUGAUCAGCUUUGUAGAAAAUUUCUGCGGGGGACUAGCAGCAGUAAUGAAAACAGGAGUAAAAUUCAUCUCACAGCUUGGGAUCAGGAUUUCCUUCCUAAAAGAUUGGGUGGUAUUGGGUUUAAGGAAGGGUCUAAAUGGAAUAAGGUGCUAUUAGCUAAGUUCCUUUGGGCUAUUUCCUCUAAACAAGAUAUCCUUUGGGUGUUGGAAAAGGCAGUUAAGAACAACAAAGUUAAUGUUAGCAAGCUUUAUGUUCAGCUGCUUAACAAGGAAAGGGUCCCUUUUGCUCAUGUGGAAAGCAAUGGCCAUCUGUUCUUUCAAUGCCAGUUUUCUCAUCUGGUGAGAAGUCGAAUUGCUGAAUGGCUGGGGAAUGCUAUCUGGCCGGUUCAGUUUAAAGAUUGGAUUGCUUGGAUGAUGGGGAAGCCUAAGGAUCUGAAGCAAAAGCUGGUGGCAGCUGUUUUAGCUACUUCAGUUUAUCUGAUUUGGUGGAAUAGGAACAAUUAUCUGUUUAAUUUCUAUUCUAUGACUGUGGAUAAAGUUGUUUAUUUGUUAAAAGUUUACUUGAAAGCUAGAGUUGCUAAUCUGUCUAGGACUAAGUUGGAGAGCAAAGAUUUAGCUUUCCUUGAGAAAUUCAGUCUCAUGUAA